AUGCGCGCCGCCUUAGCCGAACGCGCACGCCGCGCCGCUGCUGCAUUACGUGCUCCCGGGCCCGCAUCCGAGCUGGAGGUCGUGCUGCGGCGCGUCACGCAUGCAGACUGCGCAGCAAUCCCAGCAGAGGACCUGGCCGCGGCCGUGCGCUGGGCCAAGGGCAGCGAGGAGGCCCUGGCGAAGUCGCUGAAGCACAUCCAGGAGAACAUUACAGCAAACCCUUCAGACUGGAGGCGAAUCCACGGAGCCCUUGCUUUGUUUGAGGCUUUGGCUGCCGAGGGCGGCGCUCUGAUCGGCAGGUCUUGGUUUGAGGUCAAGCUUCAAGCCCGUUUGAAGGACCUACAGACCUUCAGUUAUGAUGCAGACCCACGUGUUGCAUCACUGGUGCAGCGAGCGGCCAAAUCUGCCAAUAGCGUAGCAGAGAAGCUGAGCUGGGAGGAUGAUGGUGUCUUUGCAGACGAGGCAGCUUGGCUGCAAGUAGCCCUAGCAAGAUGGUAG